AUGGCCUUCGGGAGUGAGCUAGAGGACAGUGCUGCUACCUUGACAUCCUUGUCGUUGGACUUUUAUCAUCACAUUGCACAAAUAUGGCUUAUUUGGUUUCAAGUCUCUGUGAUCACUGAGGUUCAGUCAAGGCGUAUACCACAUUAUCAUUCAUCAUUGUCAUUGGUGGAUCAUCUUGCAGCAAUCAACGCAUCUUUGAUGACAUUGGGUUUAUUCGAUCAUCCUACGACUGAUACUGGUGAACCAUAUCCGCAAUGA